UAAAAGAUAAAAUUAAAAAAUUGAAUAUGUUUUUGGGGGAAAAGUAGUUGUUAGGGUUAGUGCAGUAUUUUUGUUGAGGGAGGGUUGAAGAGUUGGGAGAAGGGAGAAGGGAAAAGAGAAGAGCAUCGGAAUGAGCAGUUGGACGAAGAAACGCGGGGAGAGUGUGGUCGGAAGCAGCAGAGAGGAAGAUCAGCUUAUAGUGACUCCAUUAGGCGCCGGUAAUGAAGUGGGACGUUCGUGCGUGUACAUGACCUACAAAGGCAAAACCGUUUUGUUCGAUUGCGGAAUACACCCUGCCUACUCCGGCAUGGCUGCGUUGCCCUAUUUCGAUGAGAUUGACCCUUCCACCGUCGACGUCCUCCUCAUCACUCACUUCCACUUGGACCACGCCGCUUCCUUGCCCUACUUUCUCGAAAAAACCACCUUUCGCGGCCGCGUUUUCAUGACCUACGCCACCAAGGCCAUUUACAAGCUCCUCUUGUCUGAUUUCGUCAAAGUCAGUAAGGUCUCCGUUGAAGACAUGCUUUACGACGAACAGGACAUCAACCGCUCCAUGGAUAAAAUUGAGGUGAUAGAUUUCCAUCAAACAUUAGAAGUGAAUGGCAUUCGAUUCUGGUGUUAUACUGCAGGCCAUGUCCUUGGUGCUGCUAUGUUCAUGGUUGACAUAGCUGGUGUCCGAGUGCUUUAUACUGGAGACUAUUCACGCGAGGAAGAUCGCCAUCUCCGAGCUGCUGAGACCCCACAGUUCUCCCCCGAUGUUUGCAUUAUAGAGUCCACCUAUGGUAUACAGCACCAUCAGCCUCGGCACACACGAGAAAAACGCUUCACUGAUGUUAUUCACUCCACCAUUUCUCAGGGGGGGCGUGUGUUGAUUCCGGUAUUUGCCCUUGGUCGUGCACAGGAGCUCCUUCUGAUCCUUGACGAGUAUUGGGAAAAUCAUCCGGAACUCCAGAAUAUACCCAUCUAUUAUGCAUCUCCACUUGCAAAAAAAUGUUUGACAGUUUAUGAAACGUACACCCUUUCCAUGAAUGACAGGAUCAAGAAUGCAAAGUCGAAUCCUUUUUCCUUCAAGCACGUAUCAGCUUUAAGUAGCAUUGAUGUUUUCAAAGAUGUGGGACCAUCUGUUGUGAUGGCAAGUCCUGGUGGACUUCAGAGUGGGUUGUCACGGCAACUGUUUGAAAUGUGGUGCUCUGAUAAGAAAAAUGCUUGUGUUUUACCUGGGUAUGUUGUUGAAGGGACAUUGGCAAAAACCAUCAUCAAUGAACCCAAGGAAGUUACUCUCAUGAAUGGACUCACUGCACCACUUAACAUGCAGGUGCACUACAUUUCCUUUUCUGCUCACGCUGACUCUGCUCAAACAAGUGCAUUCUUAGAAGAGCUCAAUCCUCCUAACAUAAUUCUUGUUCAUGGGGAAGCUAAUGAGAUGGGCAGGCUCAAACAGAAGCUUAUCACUCAAUUUGCUGAUCGCAACACUAAAAUUCUUACUCCCAAAAACUGUCAAUCUGUUGAAAUGUAUUUCAAUUCCCAGAAAAUGGCAAAAACCAUAGGGAAGCUAGCUGAGAAAACACCGGAAGUUGGUGAAACCGUCAGUGGUUUGCUGGUAAAAAAAGGCUUCACAUACCAGAUAAUGGCACCUGAUGAUCUCCACGUCUUCUCACAACUAUCAACAGCCAGCAUCACUCAGAGAAUUACCAUUCCUUAUUCUUGUGCCUUUAAUGUCAUUCGGCAUAGACUAAAACAGAUAUACGAGAGUGUUGAGCAGUCAGUGGAUGAGGAAUCUGGAGUUCCAACAUUGCAAGUCCAUGACUACGUUACUGUGAAGCAAGAAUCUGAAAAACAUGUCUCCUUGCAUUGGGCAGCAGACCCCAUUAGUGACAUGGUAUCAGAUUCAAUUGUUGCUCUGAUUUUAAAUAUCAGCCGUGAUGUCCCAAAAGUAAUGGAUGAAGCGGAUGCCAUCAAAAUUGAGGAAGAGAGUGAGAAGAAGGCAGAGAAGGUUAUGCAUGCCCUCCUCGUCUCACUCUUUGGAGAUGUGAAGAUAGGUGAAAAUGGUAAAUUGAUUAUAAACAUUGAUGGGAAUAUAGCAGAGCUCAACAAAGAAAGUGGGGAAGUUGAGAGUGAAAAUGAAGGUCUCAAGGAAAGAGUAAAGACAGCAUUCCGCCGUAUUCAGAGUUCUGUGAAGCCAAUUCCUCUUCCUGCACCAUAAUUUAUUCCUUUUCUUGCCACCAAACAUCUCACAUGAGACAGUUUUCAUAAUAUGUAGUUACUGUAACUUUAGUAUGACGAGCUUGGACACAACAUUCUCUGUCACAUUUUCGUGAUUCAUCGAACAUUCAAUCGUUUAAUCUUAAAAUGUUUUAUUAA